CCAACACCAUCAUUGGGCCACCAAUUCGAUCGAUCCUCCAAACUCGUCGGGGAUUAAUUUUGUAUUAUUACUCAUCAUCAUUCAACUAAUUACGAAUUACACACAACCCCUUUUUCACUUUCUUCUUUACUCCUCCUCCUCCUCCUCCAUCUGCCCCCCUUUUUCCCUCUCUCUCUCUCUCUCUCUCUCUGCUCUCUGCUCUCCCCAUGGCCCCUUUUCCCUCCUUCAAUUUCUCGCUUUGAUUCCCCCCCUUCUCCUUCUCUCUCUCUCUGUAUUCACUUUCGGAUUCCAAUUCUGUCUGCACAGUUUUCGAAUUCCAAUUACAAUUUUGUGGUCUGGCUGCUGCCCUUGUUGGGAUUAAUUGUAACAGAAUCUAUCGUGGUAAUGGGGAAUGUGAAUGGGAGAGAAGAUGGCGGCGGAAGCCCAUCGGCGGCGGCGGCCGAGGAAGAGGCCGGUGGCGGGACCUCCCAGGAGGGUCAUCACCCCCUUCCGCCUCCACUUGGCACCGGCGGAGGCCGUGGCGGAGGCGCGGUGGCUGAAUUGAUGGGUCAGUCACCUCCUCAUAGCCCUAGGGCUACUCACUCCCCUUUGAUGUUCACUCCCCAAGUCCCCGUUGUUCCGUUACAAAGACCUGAUGAGAUGCAGAUCCCAAACCCCUCAUGGAUGCAGACUUCAGCAUAUGAAGACAUCUCCUGUGAGCAAGGAAUUCCAACCAUGAUUACGUGGGGCUAUGGUGGGAAGGACGUAGCUGUGGAGGGAUCAUGGGAUGAUUGGAAGACAAGGUUGGCCUUACAGAGAUCAGGGAAGGACUUCACUAUUAUGAAAGUACUGCCAUCCGGUGUUUACCAGUAUAGGUUUGUUGUUGACGGGCAGUGGAGGUGUGCUCCAGACUUGCCUUUGGCCCAAGAUGAUGCUGGAAAUUCUUACAAUCUUUUGGACUUGCAGGAUUAUGUUCCUGAAGACAUUGGAAGCAUUUCUGGUUUUGAACCUCCCCAGUCUCCUGACUCGAGUUAUAGCAACAUGCAACUUGGAUCUGAAGAUUUUGCGAAGGAGCCACCAUUGGUACCUCCACAUCUGCAGAUGACGCUGCUCAAUGCCCCAGCAUCUUACAUGGAGAUGCCGCCUCCUUUAUCAAGACCUCAACAUGUUGUACUUAAUCAUCUAUACAUGCAGAGAGGGAAGAGUGGCCCAUCUGUGGUCGCACUUGGCACAACAGAGAGGUUUAUAGCAAAGUAUGUGACAGUUGUUCUCUACAAGUCUUUGCAGAGAUAAACAUACAGAACGACUAUCGUGGACUCGAUAGAUCCCUUUUAUGUGGUUAGUUUAUAUGAAUUUGAAAGUGAAGCCAUUUUAUGGCUCAAAGUAUGUUGAGGAAGGAUACCAGGUGAAACUUGAAGAUUGUAUUUUCACGCAGUGCCAUUGCUUAAUGACCAUUGAUCCAACUGCUUUUACAUGGA